AUGAAAAGAAGGAGCGAUAUUAUGGAAACAGCUGACAAAUGUGGGCAAUUUGCAUAUCGAAUGAUGCAUCAUUUCCAAAAAUAUGCUAAAAAGUGCAUUGAACUUGGUAUUCCUGCACCAUUUGCAGCCGAAAUGACAAGAAAUGCAUCACAAUCAUUGAAAGAUUUGGGAAUUGAGAAAAAGGCAAAUCUGUGUCAUUGCUUCCGAUGUAAUUUGGAGUUAACUUCUACGAAGACCGUUUCAUUCAGACUGUCAGUACCUAAAAUAAAAAUGAAGAAAAACAAAUGGAGAGGACAUAAAAGGCCUACUUUGAUAGUGGUUUGUAAAGGAUGUGGGGCUGAGAUGAAAGGUGGUGCGUUGGCAGUUGUGGAUUGUAAGAAACAAGCUAUGGAAACGUCUUCCGAUCAAAGUUUGAAACGAGAAUCACGAAGAUUUUCAGGACAAUUUGCCUUUUCUACACCGAAAACUUCAUCACGACAAACUCCAGUUUCCAGCCAGUUAGUUACAUGUUUUCAUGUUUUUCUUUUGUUUUAA